AUGAGGCUCACCGCCGACCUGAUCAACAACUCUUUAUCAUAUCUGAACCCGCUCAAGGAGCGGGAGCUUGACCUCCGAGGCCACAAAAUCCCUACCAUCGAGAACCUUGGUGUCGCUGGUCCACAAGACGCCAUCGACUUUACAGACAACGACAUCAUCACCAUCUCCAACUUCCCUCUCUCGCCUCGGUUAAACACGCUGUUGUGUGCGCGGAAUCGCAUCCAGAGCGUCGACAAGAGAAUCGCCGAGCAGAUCCCAAACCUGACAACGCUUGUCCUCACCGCAAACCAUGUCAAAGAGCUGGGAGAUCUGGAGGGGCUGAUGGGGUGUGGAAGGUUGACGCAUCUAUGUUUGCUGGAGAACCCGGUGACGAAAAAAGAACACUACAGACUCUACCUCAUAUGGGCGAUCCCGUCGUUACGAUUCCUCGACUUUCAAAAGGUCCGAGACGCCGAACGGGAGCAAGCAACCGAACUUUUUGGCACUGCUGAAGAACCAUCCGAAUUGGCAGCAAAGAUCAAAGGUGUCAAGAGCAGGUCGUUUGAUGUAUCUGGUGCCGCCGUCAACGGAAAAGCCGACGGUAAGCGGAAAGGCGUACGGACUCAGUUGACCGAGACGGAGAAGAAGAGGGUGCAAGAGAUGAUCAAGAACGCAAAGAGUCUGGCGGAAAUCACGAGGAUAGAGAAAGAUCUCGCCGAAGGUCGCAUACCGGCUGGGGCAGCUGAUGCAGACCGAAUGGUGUCGUAA